ACUGAUCAUCUAAUUGAAAAGGGUCAACCAAGCCAGGACGGUCCAAGCGCCUCCCUCCCAAUCCCCUUCCGCUCGGAAAUCGCCUUUCAGCACGAUUAGUGCUUCACCCAGAUUCUCCUGCAGCUCCUCACAGAGAACUGUCAAAAUUUCCAUCUUAGAAGACCUCGAGUUUGCAGAGGCUGAAGGCAUGGGUGCAGGAGCUAGUGCGGAGGACAAAAAGUCCAAGGAGUUGGAAAAACAACUCCAGGAAGAUGCUGAUAAGGACUCUAAAACAGUCAAGCUAUUACUGCUUGGCGCUGGUGAGUCAGGGAAGAGCACCAUUGUCAAACAAAUGAAGAUUCUGCAUCAAGGUGGUUACACAAAAGAGGAACAAAUGGAGUUUAGGGCAAUCAUCUAUGGAAACAUCCUGCAGUCUGCUCUGGCCAUCAUCAGAGGCAUGGAGAUGCUGGGCAUUGAUUUCGGCUCACCCUCUGGACAGGAGGAUGCACAGAAGCUGCAGAACUUGUCGGACUCUAUUGAGGAAGGUACGAUGCCUUCUGAGCUGGCUGACGUUAUCAAGAAGCUGUGGGGUGACUCUGGUGUGCAGGCCGGCUUUGAGAGAGCUGCUGAGUACCAACUGAACGACUCCGCUGGAUACUACCUCAAUGAAAUGGACAGAAUCUGCAAGCCAGACUACCUCCCCACUGAACAGGAUGUGCUGCGAUCUCGAGUCAAAACAACUGGUAUCAUCGAAGAACAGUUCUCCUGCAAAGAGUUGCACUUCAGGAUGUUUGACGUGGGCGGACAGAGGUCAGAGAGAAAGAAGUGGAUCCAUUGUUUCGAGGGUGUGACCUGCAUCAUCUUCUGCGGAGCUCUCAGUGCAUAUGACAUGGUGCUGGUAGAGGACGAUGAAGUGAACCGCAUGCACGAGUCUCUCCAUCUAUUCAACAGUAUUUGCAACCACAGAUUCUUUGCACUGACCUCCAUCGUGCUUUUCCUCAACAAGAAGGAUCUCUUUGAAGAGAAGAUCAAGAAAGUCCACCUGAGCAUCUGCUUCCCAGAUUACGAUGGACCCAACACGUACGACGACGCCAGCAACUACAUCAAGACACAGUUCUUGGACCUGAACAUGAAGAAGGGUGUGAAAGAAAUCUACUCUCACUUGACCUGUGCCACAGACACAAAGAACGUGGAGAUUGUGUUCAAUGCUGUGACAGACAUCAUCAUCAAAGAAAACCUUAAAGAUUGCGGUCUUUUCUAAGCAGCUCCAGAGUGAACAGAGAACUUCCUUUCCUACCUUAACCCCUCACAUAUUGGCAUUAACUAAGAAGUGUACUGACAGGGCACAAGAGGAUCCUCAGUCUUUUGGGUUUAUGCUAUCACUUCCAUGCCAAGUCCUAGCCCUUGAUGAUUGCUCCUCACACAUCACCAUCUCUGAACAGUACAUCCCUGCAGCACAGAGAACAUCCAGCAGGGUUCAAACAUCUAUAACGUCACCAUAUUCUCACUGUGGACACAUGCAGAAGCUGCGUGUUUGAAGGUACGAAGAAGACGUAGUUGCUCACUCAAUCUUCACGGCUUCCUUUUAAUACUUUGGUGUGAGUAAUCUUUACUAUUAAAAUAAGGUCUGUAAAAUAAAUAAAAUAAAAGCAAUAAAACUUGGGGAAAAUAUAAAUAUUUUUAGCAGCAUUGCAUUCUUGUUUUUGUUUUUGAGUACAGUAGUCUCUGUGGUCUUGAUAUUUAAACUGUAAAAAGUUACUGUGUAAAUAUCGCAGAUAUUCACAGUGCUUGCAGUAUAUCCAGAUUACAAACCAAAUUGUACAUGUAUCUAAUCUAAAUAGUAUUAAUGUGUGCAAUUCACUUAACAUUUUAAUGUGAUGAAUAAAUUUCAGAAGGUCAAACAUGGUAGAGGAUCUUUGUACAUAAGAGUAGAUAAUUCAUUAUAUUUUGAAAGAUAAAUUAUUCAUGGAACCACUAGAGGGAUGAUGGUUUAUUAUGAAAAGGGAGUGAAAAUCUGCUGAGUUUGUCCUUUCUUAUGAAAUGUAGAGGCAUGAAAUAAAGAUGCAUUAACUUAA